CACCCGUAAAGAGAAGUCACGGGACGGCUGCUUGCUGUUGACAAGUUCGAUAUCUUAGGCCUAGAAGCAGCUCCCAAACGUUUCGCUACUCCGCGCGCUUGUCAAGCGUCACAUUUUAACAGUGGAUGGACCUGUGAGUGCAGUGCAGUGACGUGUACGAAAGUCGGCUCAGUCCGGCGUAGGCCUCUCUGUGCGGCGGGGCAGGCGGGCGGCACGGCUUCACGCGAGUCGGGUCGAGUCAGUGGAUUGGAUAUUGUGACCAGUGCAAGUGUAGUUCAAAUUUUCCAACAUGCCGAAGCAAAUGAAUGUGCGUGUGACGACGAUGGAUGCGGAGUUGGAGUUUGCUAUCCAGCAGACUACCACCGGCAAACAGCUCUUCGACCAAGUUGUGAAAACAAUUGGCCUUCGUGAGGUGUGGUUCUUCGGCCUCCAGUACACAGACAGCAAGGGUGACUUGACGUGGAUCAAACUCUACAAGAAAGUCACCAGCCAGGAUGUCAAGAAAGAGAAUCCAUUGCAGUUCAAAUUCCGAGCCAAAUUUUAUCCAGAGGAUGUAGGACAAGAACUUAUUCAGGACAUUACUCUGAGACUUUUCUACCUUCAAGUCAAGAAUGCCAUCUUAUCAGACGAAAUAUUUUGCCCUGCUGAAACAUCUGUUCUUUUGGCAUCAUACGCUGUGCAAGCCAGACAUGGUGAUUAUAAUGCUUCAAUUCAUGAGCCUGGCUUUCUAGCAAGGGAUCGGUUGCUACCUCAACGUGUGUUUGAUCAACAUCAAAUGUCCAAGGACCAGUGGGAAGUUCGUAUUAUUCGCUGGUGGACAGAGCACAAAGGUAUGCCUCGUGAAGAUGCAAUGAUGGAGUACCUUAAAAUUGCUCAAGAUCUUGACAUGUACGGCAUUAACUAUUUUGAGAUCCGUAACAAGAAAGGCACAGAUUUAUGGCUUGGUGUUGAUGCCUUAGGAUUGAAUAUCUAUGCUAAAGAUAAUAAGCUCACACCAAAAAUUGGUUUCCCUUGGGCUGAAAUCAGCAAUAUUUCAUUUAAUGACCGCAAGUUCAUUAUCAAGCCUAUUGACAAGAAAGCACAGGAUGUAGUCUUCUUUGCACCUCGUGUCCGCAUUAACAAACGCAUUCUUGCUUUAUGCAUGGGAAAUCAUGAACUGUUUAUGCGAAGACGUAAACCUGACACUAUUGAUGUUCAACAAAUGAAAACUCAAGCUAGAGAGGAAAAGCAAGCUAUGCAACAACAGAGAGAAAAGCUUCAGAUGGAAAUUGCUGCACGAGAAAAGGCUGAAAAGAAACAGCAGGAAUAUGAAGAGAGGCUUCGUUCCAUGCAAGAAGAAAUUGAAAGACGCCAGCAAGAAUUGACCACUGCUCAGGACAUGAUUCGUCGGCUGGAAGAGCAGUUACGCCAGUUGCAGAUUGCAAAGGAUGAGCUUGAAACACGCCAGAAUGAGCUACAAGCAAUGAUGGAGCGCUUGGAGGAGAGCAAGAACAUGGAAGCUGCUGAAAGAGCCAAGCUUGAGGAGGAAAUUCAAACCAAGCAGAUGGAGGUCAUGCGUAUUCAAGAUGAGGUUCAGGCUAAAGAUGAGGAGACCAGACGUCUUCAAGAAGAGGUUGAACUUGCAAGGGAAAAGCAAGAGGCUGCAACAGCAGCAUUGGCAGCCGCUGCCACCACUCCCAAGCAUCACCAUGUUCAAGAAAAUGAGCAUGAUGAUGAUGAUGAAAAUGAUGAGAUGAGCAAUGGUGAUGUGAGCCGUGAUCUUGCUACGGAUUCAGAUAUUGUUGAUCCUAUUGAAGAACGACGUACUCUUGCUGAGCGUAAUGAAAGACUUCAAAGUCAAUUGAAGAGCUUGAAAGAAGACCUCGCCCAGUCCCGUGAUGAUUCCAAGGAAACAACCAUGGAUAAGAUUCAUCGUGAAAAUGUUCGUCAGGGCCGUGAUAAGUACAAGACUCUGCGAGAAAUCCGUAAGGGCAACACCAAGCGCCGGGUUGAUCAAUUUGAAAAUAUGUAAUCUUUUCAAGUGUACUUGGAUUCUCUUUUAUGACAAAGAGAAAUCAUGGCAUUGAAGAUUUAUUCAUGUUCAAUCUCUUCCCCUCAUCUUUGUCUGCGAGUGAAUAAUAGUUUGAAAGUUAGUGCAGUCUUCAAAGAGAUUGUUUUAUUGGAGUUUUCUGGGACUACUUUCAUGUUGAGGACUCCUGGGGGAAGUGAUUUUAAAGUGAGAUCGUCAUCUUUUCCAUGACUGAGGCUCUGACGAGCAGGAAAGGCCCACAGUACUCAGCCAGCCUUCUAAUCAGGUGUGAUACAUUUGUACAGCUCAUUAUUUUUUUAAUAUCUGAUAGUAUUUCUGAUAACUAUGCUGUUUAAAGAUGUGCCUAUGUUUUAAUGUAGGUAUUAAUUAUUCAAUCCUCAUAUCUAUAAAUCAGAACGUUCAUGUAGUAAAGAAAACAAUAUUUGUCCUUGCCAAUGUAUUUUUGACCAGUUGUACUCUAAGUUGGCAUAUUGUUUCAGCCUGACAAAAUUUACAUAGAUGUAUUGUAUGCCGCCGUCCAUUUCUUUAUGGCUCAAUUAUGUGAGCAUUGCAUGUGGGGGUCUUGCACUUCAGGGUAACCUUUU